AUGGACGCCAUGUCCAUGGAGGAAGUGCGCAUGACAUCAGCUCCAUCCAUCGCUAGGUCGGUCGUGCGUGGGGCCGCGACGCCCAUGUCGCCAUCGACAGGAUCAGAGUCCGAUCCGUUGGACAUUUAUGAGAUGCCUGUAAGCGGUGUGAGCGAGGCGCCACCGCUUAGUGACUCGGGCCUUCUGCAUGACUCGUCCAGUCGGACCUCCAACAGCUAUGCGGAGCUACCUCGCGAGAUUUUGCUGCAAAUAUUUCGGUACGUCUUGCUGUCCCAGCAAGACUUGCAAGCAUGCUUGCUUGUCUGCCGCCGCUGGUGCGUGUGUGGUGUGCAAGUACUAUGGUACCGUCCCUCCUUUUAUCGCCUGUCAACGCUCUUUAAGCUCAUCCAUGUCAUGAUCCAGCCGGAAGCACUGUUUCCCUAUGCCAGCUACAUCCGCCGGUUGAAUUUCAGUCUGCUCGCUGGCGAGUUGGACGAUCAGCUCUUUGGGCGUAUGGCCGCCUGUCGGCGCCUGGAGCGCCUUACACUGUCCGAGUGUACGCAGGUCACAGAUGCCACGCUCUCGCGCGUCCUGCAAAACACGCCGCAAUUGGUCGCAAUGGAUGUCAGCUGGGUCGAGCAGGUGACCGAUGCUACGCUCUAUGUGAUUGCCCAAACGUGUGGACGAUUGCAAGGGAUCAAUAUCACAGGCUGCCGACUGGUGACGAGUGCGGGUGUGCAAGCAUUGGCAGAGUGCUGUCAUAUGCUGCGCCGCAUCAAGCUGGCCUACUGUGCGCAUAUGAACAGCCAAGCCCUUAUCGCACUCUUGCAGCAGUGUCCUAUCCUGCUAGAAAUUGACGUGGCACAGUGCCCACAAAUUGAUGAUACCAGUGUACAAUGGAUCUGGCUUCGCCCCAAUGUCGUGCGUGAGCUGAAGCUGGCGUAUUGCACGCAAAUCACAGAUGGCGCGUUCCCUACAACAUCGCUCCAUGAUACCUUACUGCGGGCAUCAUCCCAGCAUCCGCCAACGUUCCACGUAUGCGAGCAUCUUCGAAUGCUAGAUCUGACAGGGUGUGCGCAAAUUACCGACGAGGCUGUGCGGGCCAUUGUUGCUCAUGCACCGCGCCUACGCAACCUAUCCCUGGCCAAGUGCACCAACCUGACGGACGAGAGCGUGUAUGCGAUAGCAUCGUUGGGCCGGCAACUCCAACAUUUGCACCUGGCACAUAUGGAAAAUAUCACGGACCCCGCGGUGAUCCACUUGGCGCAGCAUUGCACACGUCUGCGAUACUUGGACCUCGCAUGCUGUGUACGUCUUACAGAUGCAAGUGUGAUUGCGCUCGCAGCCAAUCUUCCCAAGCUUCGUCGCAUUGGCUUGGUCCGAGUCACCUCCCUCUCAGAUACGGCUAUUUAUGGCUUGGUCGAACGGCAUACCAACCUGGAACGCGUCCACUUGUCGUACUGCCACAACAUCACUGUGCCGGCAAUUUUUUGGCUGGUAUUGCGAUUGCCUCGGCUCAUGCACUUGAGUCUCACGGGCGUGCCAGCGUUCCAACGGCCACGACUCCAAGCCAUGUGCCGCACGCCCCCGAAAGAAUUCAAUCAUCACCAGCGCCAGAUGUUUUGCGUGUACAGCAACCGCGGCAUUGUGGAGCUGCGUCGGCAUUUGCAAAUGGUGUUUGCGGACCCCUCCCUGGGGAUGCCCUACGGGACGCUACCAUCCGAGAUGAACCGCGCUUUCCAAGCGAGUUGGAUGCGGCAGCAGCAACAACAACAACAACCACAAGGAAAGUAUGAUGAGCCUGCUGGCACGCAAGACACCGAGGCAGAUUAA